ACACCAUACCGUACCAUACCAUACCAGUCUGUAUAAGAAAGAAACGACCAUUUUCAAGAAAUCCCCAAUUCCUCUCAAAUCCCUCUUUUCCCAAAACCCCCAAACCCCCAAAUCAGACAAAUUCCCUCCCAUGGAAAUGUACGCCAUCGACGCCGCCGAUCGCUGGAUGCCGAUGACCGAUUCCGCCGCCUGGAGCCGACAGGAGGACAAAAUCUUCGAGCAAGCUUUGGUCGAAUUUCCCGAAGGUCUCGACGACCGCUGGCGUCGAAUUGCCGAAUUCCUCCCCGACAAAUCACCCGAAGACAUCAGAGCGCAUUACGAAGCUCUCGUUUACGACAUCGCCGAGAUUGAUUCGGGCCGGGUCGAGCUCCCGACCUAUUCCGAUGUGUCGACGCCGCGCAGCCCCAAUAGCUCCGCCCAGAUAUCCUUUGGAUCGCCUAACUCCAUCAAUCGCAGCCGCGAAGCUGAGCGGAAAAAGGGAACUCCGUGGACGGAAGACGAACAUAGAUUGUUCUUAAUUGGACUUGAUAGGUACGGGAAAGGCGAUUGGAGAAGCAUUUCUCGGAAUGUAGUGGUGACGAGGACUCCGACUCAAGUUGCUAGCCAUGCCCAGAAAUAUUUUCUGCGGCACACAUCGGGUAAGAAGGAGAGGAAACGGUCGAGCAUUCACGACAUCACGACUGCCAUGGACAGCUUGCCCAUGCCGGCUCCAACCAAUCUCCCCGCCCACGGAGAUUUCGAAGGCUGUAGCUUCUCCAUGCCAAGAUAAGUUGCCUUCUUUGUAGAUACAUGCAUAGAUACAUAUACAUAUACAAAUACACAAUAUAUAAUAUACAUGUAUGUAAGUGUGAUAGAAUGUGAUUUCUAGAGAGAGAGGGCGUUGGAUUUGUAUUGUGUUGUGUUUAGAGUGUGGUGUUGUUGAUAGAUUGCGAGUUUAGGGAAACCUCAAUUGGUGGUACACAGAUUGUAGCUGUAGAUAAUUAAUAAGUUCUACCA